AUGCGUGUCUCCAUCCCGACCAUUCUUACAGGCCUCUUUAUGGCCAAGCCGAUUUUGGCUAGCAUCUCCUCUCCCCUCUAUCUGCCUUUUGAACUAGAGAAGCGCGAUUGCGGAUUUAGCUACUGCGACUGCCAGCGCGUGCAGUGUCAACUUGACUUUUGCUUUGAUGAUCAUGUAGAUCCAUGGGUCUUGGUCGAUAGUGCCUUAAACAGGUACUACGGAGUCGACUGCGGUCAAUGGGACAGCUGGCAACGAAACGACCCUGCCCAAUGGUGCAACAACGGCCUGCGCCAGGGGAACGGUAUAUUCUACAUUAAUCGCAAAUUCGGAUCCCUCGGCAAGGCCUUCUCCGUUUCCUACAAGAAUGAGAACGUGACCGAUCCUAACCGGGGCUCCGUGUCUGGCACCUGCCGCCCGGUUCAGAACGUCCAAUGCAAGUGUCACUCGGUAUACAAUGCUACAGCUCAUGAUUGUUCGGUUCCAUGCAAGGAUUGA